CAAAUUAAAAAUUUGUUCGCAGCGGGAAUUAACUGAAUUUCGGAGGUUACAGUGACAUGGAUUUUGAGUGUUCAAAUCCGAGCUUGUGCGAGAGGCUCUUUCGUCUUACCAAGCUCGUGUAGAAUCUCUGAACAAACCAGACCUGUUUCACUAGACAAUUUUACCGUAACCAACUCCCUUCUCUCAUCCACCAACGAAACCCUAAUCCUUACGUCACCACCCGGAGCUUCCAGCUCAUGAAGUGGAAACUCACUCGCGGCAAAUGAGGUUCGCAGUUCAAUUUUUUUCUUUUUUCGAACUUAAGUUUCCAUAGGUUCGUGUGCUAUUUAUGUGCGUGAAAUUUGAAUUUCAGGCCGCGUUUGUUGAUUUCGUGUCUUCUUUGGACGAGUCUUCAGUGCAAUCUGCUUCUGCGAAGGCAUUCGAAUCGCUUCCUGAUUUAACAAAAGCAGUUUCUGAGCUAACUGUUUUGAAAGGCGUGGGUCCGGCCACCGCUUCUGCCGUUUUGGCUGCUUAUGCGCCUGAUGUGGCGCCGUUUAUGUCCGAUGAGGCUAUGGAGGCAUCUCUUGGCAACUGCAAAGACUAUUCACUGAAGCAGUACUUAUUGUUCGCUGAUAAAUUACAGGCAAAAGCUAAGGAAUUAGUUUAUGAAGGGAACUGCUUCACACCAUCCGAUGUUGAAAUGGCUCUUUGGAGUUCUGCCAUAGGGGCCAAAUUGCAAGCUUCACGAUCAGCUGCAGACCCUGAAAUUAAGAGAAGGAAAAGCGCUAAAAGAAAGAGAAAACAUUGAUUAUAUGAUGGGUUGAUCGGCUGCAGUAUUAGUAAGUUCUAACUACAUCAAUAUAUUAGUUAUGUCCUAUCACCUAGCUUUCAACUCUGCUAACUGGUUAGUCCGUGAGCCUGCCAAAGCAAUCUCUUCUGUUUGUAAUGUAUGACCAAACCAAUUUCACAGGAUUGAAGUUGUUCAAAUUGUUAACUUAUUGACCUGCUUUUGUAGUUUGAUUUGCUAGUUUUUACUCAUGGCAAAAAUAAUGUGUCAUGCUCACCCUGUUGUGCUUAAUG